AUGAAGCUGCUUGGACUUUUGUUGGUUUUCGGCCUCGGGGUCGCCAGUGCAGAAAAGGUUGUGUGUUACUUCGGUUCCUGGUCCGUGUGGCGACCUGGCGAUGGCAAGUUCGACGUGGAGGACAUCGACCCCUUCCUCUGCACGCACGUCAUCUUCGGCUUCGCGGGCCUGAGCAACCACACCUGGGAAAUCGAGGUUUUGGAUGUCUGGAACGAACUGUGUCCCUCGGAUGGAGGAAACAACUGUGCCUAUGACAGGUUCGUGGACCUGAAGCAACAGAACCCGGAGCUGAAGGCGAUCUUGGCCGUCGGGGGCUGGAACGAGGGGUCUGAAGAUUACUCUGUGAUGGCCGGCGAUCCCGCCAAGAGGAAGACCUUUGUGGACAGCAGCGUUAACCUCAUUAGGAAGCACAAGUUCGACGGACUGGACAUGGACUGGGAGUACCCAGCUGCGCGAGGAGGCGUUCCUGAAGACAAGGAGAACUUCAUCAUCCUGCUGCAGGAACUUCGCACCGCUUUCGAUCAGUUCAACCCUCCCCUCAUGCUGACGGGCGCGGUGGCAGCUGGAAAGCCCACGGUCGAUGCCGCCUACCACGUGGAACAGAUGGCGCAGCUUUUCGAUCAAGUGCACCUCAUGUCCUACGAUCUCCACGGCGCCUGGGAGAACACCACCCACCACAACGCCCCUCUGUGCGGCCUGCCCAGCGACGCCGGGGACCUGGCCUUCUUCAACGUGGUGUUCGCCGUGAACUACUACCUCUCUCUCGGAGUCCCUAAGGAGAAGCUGAUCAUGGGCAUCCCUGAAUACGGCCGCUGCUACACCCUGGACAACAUCAACGAAAACGGAAUGCUCUCCCCCGCCUCAAAGCCUGGUCCGGCUGGCCCUUAUAUCCGAAUUCCAGGGACCCUCGGCUUCAAUGAGAUCUGCGAGCGCCUUCGACAGGACCAGACGUGCACAGUCGAAACAGACCCACGAAUGUACGAGCCUUAUUUCUACUGCUCGAGUGACAACAUCUGGUGCGGGUUCGAUGAUGCUAAUUCAGUUACCGUGAAGGCUCGUUUCGCCAAGAACAUGGGUCUCUCGGGCGUCUUGGUGUGGACGAUCGACACGGACGAUUUCCAUCCCAGGUGCUACAACGAGGACUUCCACCUCCUCCGUUCUAUGAAGAGCGCCUUGGAAUUGCCUGCCGACGGACAGUUCCCGGACUGCCAAGCUCAGUACACCACGCCUUCGCCUUCAACUACACCAGAACCCACUACCAGCACUGCUAUUCCCACUACCAGCACUCCAGAACCCACUCCCAGCACUGCUGCACCCACUCCCAGCACCGCUGAGCCCACUCCCAGCACUCCAGAACCCACUCCUAGCACCGCUGAACCCACUUCCACACCCACUCCAAGCACAGCUGCACCCACUCCUAGCACUCAGUCACCGACUUCUGUGACUCCUAAUCCAGGUCACAGCAGGCCUGACUGCACCCAACACAUUGAUGGCUCAGUUUUCCCUCACGAUGAUUGUAACAAGUACUGGUUGUGCACAAACGGCCAAGCUAUUCUAGAAAUGUGUAGUCCUGGUACUUUGUUCGACGAGGACCUCAUGAUCUGCAACUGGGAGGACAGCGUCGACACCUCCAACUGCAACUUGUGGAUUUGCGAAGUUGAUAACACUUAUUACCCUCACGCUGAUUGCGACAAGUAUUACUGGUGCUACAACGGAUCGCCCCAUGUAGAGCAGUGCGCUGAUGGUUUGUUCUGGAACCAGUACCUUACAAUUUGUGACAACCCAACCCAUGUGGACACUUCAAAGUGCAACAUAGUCUAA